AUGUCUCCCGUGGUUUUACCAGCAGAGUUACUUGGAGGUAGCAUUUUUAGGCAUUUGCAAUAUGACCGUUCCUCAAUGCACGCGUGUCUCUUGGUCAAUCGAUUUUGGUGUCAGAAUAUGGUCUCCUGGCUAUGGACGCGUCCUUUUGAAUUAGCGAAACCACAAGAACCUUCGCCCGAACUUAUAGACACCUACAUUUCAUGUUUUAAUAGGGACGAAUGUGACGUUUUAUCGAGGGAAGCUGGAAUUGAACCACCGAUUAGUCCCUCGCAAACAACCUUUGAUUAUGCUUCUUUCCUCAGAGAACUUCAUGAUACAAAAUUAAGUUAUUCGAUAUUACAGUGGCUUUAUAGCAUUUACCUUAAGCGAUUUCCAGCCGAACCAUUUCGUGGACCUUUUUUGGAAAUAUCAAGGUUUAAGUCAUGUCGCAAAAAACAGAUCGAUCGCGUUACCUUAUUGCUCGGAAAAAUCCUUCUAGGUCGCUGUUCGACCUUGAAUCGACUUGCGCUCGAUCUUGAUAUUUACACCUCAGCAAUCAUCAAUUUCUCCGGGGUAUACACAAAGUGCUUCUCGCACCUUCGUUGUUUUGUCCUCAAAGAUUCCAACAACACUGGAGAAAUUUGUAAUCAACUAUCACACGUAUGCAACAAUUUGCAUGAAUUAGAAUUAGAUCAAGCCAUUGAAGGAAAUGCGCUCAAGGGAGUUGUCCAACUGAUCAAGGCGCAGAAUCGACUGAAAAAAUUUAAAUUGCGAGUAGAAGAACAAUCAGCCAUAAGGAUAAUCUUUUCGACAUUGGCAAAUCGAUCAAGAUACCUAACAAGUUUGUAUUGCACUUCCGUCAAUAUUGAUCAUAUUGAUCCAAUGGAUUUGUCAAAAAUACUAGAUAAUCUGGAAACUCUUGGCUUGGCUUAUUGUUCCUUGAGGCAAAAUAUUGCUCUAUCGGCCCGAAGGCUAAAAAAUCUUUAUUUUGAAGACACCACAAGGAUCACCGUGACGGUUGAAGCAGCAAAGUCUUUAAUCGAAAGCACUAACGGAAAUCUACGUCGACUUUCGCUCGGUGGGGCGACUUCAAUCCUCAUGUCCACCAUCAAGAAGUAUUGUUCAAACCUCAUCGAUCUCAAUGUUUGUGUGUGGGGUGGGAAAUCGACAAAUUUUCCUGAUUUCCUUGGAUUCCUAGUGUGCUGCCCUCGACUCGAGAAACUACAGAUCAAUGACACCCUACGUGUUCCCCCUCCAUGGAACACUAGUCCGUGGCUGAUCGAGAUGAGUAGAUUUUUGCCAACAACCCUGUGGAGCUUGGAAAUCCCUUGGGAGUUCACACCUGAAGCUCUGCAAGCAUUUUUAGAAAAAUGCAGAGCUCCCAUCAAAGAACUCUAUCUUACAAAUCACAUAAAUCUUGUUGACGCUCACUUGGAGUAUCUUACGCAAUAUGCGAUUAAAAAGGAAACAUUGAAAAAACUUGGUGUAUCUUCGUAUUGCUCCCUCACUGGAGAAGCACUGCGAGAAGCCAGCGAAGUUAUGAUGGUUACAAGAUAUGGUGUUAGAUUACUGUCCUUAGUUGGAAGACGAUGA